ACACAACUCAAUUCCAACUUUGUCUUCUCCACAUUCUCAGCUCCUCAACGCUGAAACUUCAGCCUUUCUCCAUCACACGACCAAUUUGAAGCCUUAAUCACUCUGUACAGUAAAGAAAUGGAGGCAACAACGCAUCAAAAUCUCAACAAUAAUGGAAGAGAUAAAAGCCAGUUUGUGGCGGAGGAAGACCCACAAAGAAACAUGCGCCGUCUCGCAAGACUCUUAAGAGAACAUUAUCCACCUCAGUUUCUCAGAAAGGUGGUUGCAGAGACAAUAGCGACGUACCUGUUGGUUUUCGUGACGUGUGGGUCGGCGGCGCUAAGCGCAAUUGACGAACACAAGCUCUCGAAGCUCGGAGCCUCCGUCGCCGGCGGGCUUAUAGUCACCGUCAUGAUCUACGCUGUGGGGCACAUCUCCGGCGCACACAUGAACCCCGCUGUCACCCUGGCUUUCGCCGCCGUGAGGCACUUCCCUUGGAAGCAGGUCCCAAUCUAUGCGGCGGCUCAAUUGACAGGAGCCAUAUCGGGUGCAUUUACUCUGCGGGUACUUCUUGACCCAAUAAAAUACGUGGGCACCACGUCACCUUCUGGAACGGCUGUUCAAGCUCUCAUCAUGGAGAUAGUUGUCACCUUCUCCAUGAUGUUCGUCACUUCAGCUGUCGCCACAGAUACCAAAGCUAUUGGCGAGCUUGCUGGUAUCGCUGUAGGUUCUGCAGUAUGCAUAACUUCCAUCUUGGCCGGACCAAUAUCAGGGGGAUCGAUGAACCCAGCAAGGACAAUAGGACCGGCAAUAGCCAGCAACUAUUACAAGGGAAUUUGGGUGUAUGUGGUCGGACCAGUUUCAGGAACACUACUAGGGGCAUGGUCAUACAGUUUUAUCCGAGUUACAGACAAGCCUGUCCAGGCAAUUUCACCUCCUUCAUUGUCGCUUGUACUCCGGCGACGGAGCAGCAGCAUUGACGAGGUUACAGCCAAUGAUCCUCUCAAUGCCCUGUAGGGAAUGUACAUGAACAGGUA